AAGAUCUCCUUUUGACCUGAGAACACAUGAUCAAAUAAAAGCAGCAAACGUUUGCAGAAAAAUUAUCAAACUUUGUUUUCAGCUCAAGCAAGCAAGUCACGCUUACGAGUAUUUGAUUUACUUUGUGAUCAGUCACUUCAUUAAACCUGAUUAAAAUGGCAUUCAAAUUUGUUAUUGCUUUUGCAUUGCUCGCCGUUGCCAAUGCUGGCCUUCUUCCUGCUGCCCAAGUCUACCAUGCCGCUCCAGCUGCUCAUGUUUAUCAUUCUGCUCCAGCUGCUGUAGUUAAGACUACUCAUGUUUUAGCCAAGGCUGAUGAUGAAUUUGAUCCUCAUCCCCAAUACAAAUACGGCUACAAUGUAGAAGAUGCUGUGUCCGGUGAUUCUAAGAGCCAAGUUGAAGAACGUGACGGUGAUGUUGUUCGCGGUGAAUACUCUUUGAUUGAUGCUGAUGGUUUCAAACGUACCGUUCAAUACACAGCUGAUGAUCACAAUGGCUUCAAUGCUGUCGUCCACCGUGAACCUCUUGUAAAAACUGUUGCUCCCGUAGCCCACUAUGCUGCUCCUGCUACUGUUGUCAAAACUGUAGCUCCAGUGGCUCAUUAUGCUGCCCCUGCCGCUGUUGUUAAGACCGUAGCUCCCGUGGCCCACUAUGCUGCUCCUGCUGUUGUUAAAACAGUAGCUCCCGCUUACACCACCUAUACCGUACCAUCUCAUCAUUAAAUUUAAUGCCAUAAUUAAAAAAUCAUUUGGGACUGACAAAGCUUGUUAAUUGUUUCAAUAUUAUGUCGAAAUGAUGAAAUAAAUAUAAGAUAUUAAUUUAACAAAAAAUUUUAAAUAUUUUUCAAUGAAUGAAUACUAAAUCA